AUGAGUAACGAAACCAAAGCAGCAGAGUAUUUCUGCAAGGACUUCGAAUGGGAAGAACUCAGAUCAGAAAUUGAAUCAAACCCUUCUCUUCGCCACCAUUUCGAUUCAUCAUCUUCUUCUAACUCGCAAUCACCUCAAUCAGACGUUCAAGCCUGGAAGCAAUUUCACACUCGUCACUCCUCCGGCAAAUUCUUCAAGGAGAGACGCUAUUUGUUAAAGGAGUUUCCUCAAUUGCUUUCCUCUCACCCGAAUUCUAACCCUAAACUGUUGGAGGUUGGUUGCGGCAAUGGAAGCACCGUUCUUCCUAUUCUACGGGCAAACAAGGAUGUUAUUGUUUAUGCUUGCGAUUGUAGUGAUGAGACUCUUGAUAGAGCUAAGGAAAUUGUAAAUGCAAAUGCAAUUGAUUCGUUUAAGCAUCGUUUUCAUACUUUUUCUUGUGAUGUUUCCACUAAUGGAUUCCCAAAUUGGUUGGCAUGUAACACUUGUAGAGACAAAUUUUUGCAAAACCAGUCAGAUGUUGAAGGGGAUAAUGGAAUGAAUGUUAAGGAGUCGUGUUCAUCGGAAGGAUUUGACUGUUGUGUUGGAGGAGUAGAUUUUGUAACAUUGAUAUUUACUUUAUCGGCAGUACCAUUGGAAAGGAUGCCAAGGUCUAUCAAGGAAUGUUUUAGUGUGUUAAAGCCCGGAGGCAUGGUUUUAUUUAGGGACUACGGCCUCUAUGAUAUGACUAUGCUUCGAUUUGAACCAGACAAGAGAGUGGGAUUCAGGGAAUACAUCCGCUCAGAUGGAACACGGUCAUAUUUCUUUUGUUUGAAUACUGUCCGAAACCUGUUUUUGGGCGCAGGUUUCAUUGAGCUUGAGCUUGAUUAUUGUUGUGUUAAGUCUGUGAAUCGCAAGAACGGGAAGAACAUGCAAAGAGUGUGGGUUCACGGGAAGUUCCAGAAGCCUGCACUGUGA